AUGACAGAAAUAGCAAAUCUUCUACAGGUUCCAUUAAAACAAGGAACAAACAAAAAGGGUGCAUAUAAUAGAACUAUGAAAGUUCCUGAUGGAAUGAAAGAAUUAGUUCAUAUUGUUGCUGGUCUUCAAAAAGAUGUUAAACAAAUGAGAAACGUUUUAACAUUACCAGAAGCUCAAGCAUAUGCCAAACGUCAAGGUCCAAAUUGGGAAGCACACGAAGCAGACAUUACGGGUCCAAAUGGAAAACCUGAUGGUAUAAAUGAAGUUUUCGUUACUGAUGGUCAAGG